AUGGUCUUCUUACCCGACUUCAGAAGCAAAGAUGGCCUUCCAGUGGUUCCCAUCUACAUGAAUGGAUCACCUCAAUCCUUUGACUCGGCAACCACCACCUUGUUCCCUGUCAUCAACGCAGUAUCUGAUACCAUCAUCCACUACGCCGUCUCCGCUGCUCCUUCUUCCGCCAUUGCGGCAUGCGAUGCAGCAUCCGACGCCUUUCAGACAUGGCGCAGGACCACUCCGACCUACCGUCGCACCCUGCUCGUCAGAGCAGCCGAUGUCGUUGAAACCAAGAUGCAAAAGAUUAUGCAGGCACAGAUCAGCGAAACGAGCUGUCCUAACGAGUUUGCAGCUAUCAAUGUGAAAGGUGGUGUGGCGAACAUGAGGGAGAUCGCUGCUGCGACGAGCGAGCUGAGGGGUACGGUGCCGCAGAGGAGUACGCAGCCGGAUGGUGAAGAGGUCGAGGGAUUGACAAUUGUGAUUAGGGAGCCAGUUGGUGUUGUCCUUGUUAUUCCGCCAUGGAAUGGUGCAGUCGUACUGCCCUUGCGGGCUAUCAGUCAAGUGCUUGCUGCUGGAUGCACAGUCGUGCUCAAGGCCUCUGAGCUCUGUCCGAAAACACACCACUUGCUAGUGCAGUGUUUUGAAGAAGCUGGCAUCCCAAAGGGCGUUAUCAAUGUCAUUCAAGCGAGACGUGAAGAUGCCGCGGAAGUGACUGAAGCUGUCAUUGCGCACAAAGCAGUAAGGAAAGUCGAUUUCAUUGGCAGUGGUGCAGUUGGAAGCCAAAUCGGUCAAGUGUGCGCGAAGCAUCUGAAGCCAAUUUUGAUGGAGCUUGGUGGUAAAGGGCCGGCGAUCGUUCUCCAAGAUGCGGACCUACAUAAAGCAGCGUUCUUAUGCGCUAUGGGUGCUGUUGCUGAUCACGGCCAGCUCUGCUUUUCAACCGAGCGCAUCAUCGUACACAAGUCCGUCUACGACAAAUUCAUCGACGUCUUGAAAGCAACUUUCUCCAGGUUUCCCGCAGCUGGCGAUGCAGUCUCGAAGCAGUCAGCGCAGCAUGCAUACGAUGUUUUGGUCGAUGCCAAAGAGAAAGGAGCUAAUUUCCUCGUGGGUGGACCUGAGUUCUUGAGCGCAACCAGCCUCAAGCCUACCAUCGUCACGAAUGUGUCGUAUCAUGCUCGAGUUCGAGACGAAGAAACGUUUGGGCCAUCGGUGUCGGUCUAUGUCGCUAAGGAUGACGACGAUGCUAUCGCAAUCGCAAACGAUUCCGCGUAUGGAUUAAGUGCGGCGGUGCAUAGCGGAAGCUGGGAGCAUGCGUACAAAGUUGCGAGGCAGCUUGAAUAUGGUCAGGUGUAUAUCAACAACAUGACCACUGGAGAUUCUCCGGGCGCUCCUAUCCGUGGUGUGAAGGGCUCCGGAUGGGGCCAGUCGAACUCGAUAUGGGGCAUCCAUGAGUUCAGUGUUGAGAAGACUCUGGUGAGUUGA